CUAUCAAGACUUCGACGCUUGUCUGCGCAGGUAGAUAUAAUUACAUCUACACUUAUACAUUCUAAUGCAUGAACUGAGGGUGUGCGGAGGACUCAAUGCGCUCACUGCUGGCUGUCGUGGCCAAGCCGCGGUUCUAUACCACCUAAGAGGAUGUACAUCAGUCGGGCUGACUCACCGGCGAUGGCUUCUGGGGGACGACCCCACACGCCAGCAGCUUGUGCAUCAGAACUGUAAUGCCUAUCUGUGUGUGAAACGUCUUCAGGUAUAAGUAUGUAGAGCUUUGCGAGACGCCUUGUCAUGAAGGGCAUUCCAAUAUUGAUGAUAUUGGUGUGCUGCGCCGCAAAGACCAAGACGAGGAGUUAUCAUGUCCGCCCCUAUAUCCACCCAUGAAGAGGCUGUCGCUUCCUGGAAGGCAAAUGCCGCUUAUUGGGAUAACGGCAUCCAGGAAGGUAACAAGUACUGGAACCGCCUACAGGAACCUGCACUCACGCGUAUGAUUGCAUUCCGGCCUCUGGCCGAGGCGCGGGUGCUCGAACUGGCCACGGGGAAUGGUCUUGUGGCUCGCUGGCUUGUGGAUCAAGGUGCGUCGGUUCUAGCUACGGAUGUAAGCACCGAGAUGUUAGACUUCGCGAGACGCCGUGAGAAGCCUCAUCACGAGGGGAAGAUUGCUUAUCGACAACUGGAUGCCACGAAUCCGGAGGCGUUAGGUGCGCUUGCCGAUGAGCAUGCCACCGCCGGUGGUUUCGAUGUCGUUGUCAUGAACAUGGCGAUUAUGGAUAUUUCUACUAUCGAGCCGCUCGCUGCCGCGCUUCCGAAAUUUCUCAAGAAGGAUGGCAUCUUUGUCGCUACCUUAUUACACCCCGUCUUCUUUACAUGCGGCGCGCGACGCAACAUCCAGAUUGCGGACGGCGGGCCCGACGGCUACCCUGAGAUUAUACGUACGAAAAUUAUUGAGAAGUAUCUCGAUGUACCACCAUAUCAUGGCGUUGCAUUAUAUGGACAGCCAGCACAGCAGAUCUAUUAUCACCGCCCGCUGCACGAGCUCUUUUCCACGUUUUUCAAGACUGGUCUUGUGAUGGAUGCUAUGGAGGAGCCAGCAUUCACUUCCGAGGACGCCAUGCCCGAACGCCUUGAGGCUUCUUCGAAUUACACGCAGCUUCCUGCCAUACUAGCUUUCAGAUUGCGACGGCUUAUUUAGAAGAAUGUAAUGGGCGAACACAGUGAUGCUUCCAAUUGUGGCCAACCAUUUACGUAUCCGUAGUAUCAUACUUCUAUGGCUACUAAGUAGGCAGGCAGAUUAUAACAUACU